AUGAACUACAUCAGAGAGACCUGCGGCUGCUGUGGUGAGUUAUUCAGACACACACACAACACAGAACAUGCAGGCAGGUGCAGCACAUGGGGAAUGUCCUCCUCAGCCAGGGGGUACAUGCCUCAGACUGCGACGUGGUCAGCAGGUAAUAGCCCUGAAUUAACAGGGUGGAAUGAUGAGACGGACUACAUUUUACAUUUUAGUCAUUUAGCAGACGCUCUUAUCCAGAGUGACUUACAGUUAGUGAGUGCAUACAUAAUUUUUUUAUUUUUUCAUACUGCCCCCCCCCCUGUGGGAAUCGAACCCACAACCCUGGCGUUGCAAACGCCACGCUCUACCAACUAAAGACAACAGUUGGUAGUGCAGUAUCGGCCUUCUCCAAGAUGAUUUCAACGAUUCACUCGUUUUCUUUUUUUCAUGUUUUGUCUUCUUUUCUGUUUGUUGUCAAAGUUAAUUAUCAAGUCACAUUACAGGUGCAUUGUAGUAUUAAGUAUUUUUCACAUUCCAAAAAAUAAAGGCCUCAAGUUCAAAAAGCUGUGUCCAUACAUCUGCACAUUCCCCUAUUACCUCUCAUAGACAAAAUAGACAAAUAAAUAGUGCAUAUAAACUGAGGCUAUUCAAUCAGUAUAGUAGUUAGUGUAUACCAACAAAAGCUAUUUGGAGUGUAAAACCCUCAAAUUGAACCAUAAAGGGUUACAUUACAUUUUACAUUUUUUUUACAUUUUAGUCAUUUAGCAGACGCUCUUAUCCAGAGCGACUUACAGUUAGUGCAUACAUUAUCCCUGUGGGAAGUGUGUAUAUAUACUGCAUGUACUGUAGUUAAACAUCUUGUAUCAAUAUAUACUGCAUGUACUGGAGUUAAACAUCUUAUCUCAAUAUAUACUGCAUGUACUGUGGUUAAACAUCUAAUCUCAAUAUAUACUGCAUGUACUGUGGUUAAACAUCUAAUCUCAAUAUAUACUGCAUGUACUGUGGUUAAACAUCUAAUCUCAAUAUAUACUGUAUGUACUGUGGUUAAACAUCUAAUCUCUAUAUAUACUGUAUGUACUGUGGUUAAACAUCUAAUCUCAAUAUAUACUGCAUGUACUGUGGUUAAACAUCUAAUCUCAAUAUAUACUGUAUGUACUGUGGUUAAACAUCUAAUCUCAAUAUAUACUGUAUGUACUGUGGUUAAACAUCUAAUCUCAAUAUAUACUGUAUGUACUGUGGUUAAACAUCUAAUCUCUAUAUAUACUGCAUGUACUGUGGUUAAACAUCUAAUCUCAAUAUAUACUGCAUGUACUGUAAACUGUAAGCUCUAAACCCUCAGAGGUAGUAAUCACACCGGUGGGGAGAGGGGCAUUCUUCUAACCAAACCACAUGACCUUUGUUUUGGAGGUGUUCAGAGGCGAACAAAGAAGAAGUGUUACUCGCUAAGCACCAUUAACCCCUGUAACCCUGUCGUCCAUGCAGACUGUGAGAAGCGGUGUGGGGCGCUGGACAUCGUGUUCGUGAUUGACAGCUCAGAGUCGGUGGGUCUGACCAACUUCACCCUGGAGAAGAACUUUGUCAUCAACACCAUCAACAGACUGGGAUCUAUGGCCAAGGACCCCAACUCAGAGACAGGUACACACACACACACACACACACACACACACACACACACACACACACACACACACACACACUCUAUGGCCAAGGACCCCAACUCAGAGACAGGUACACACACACACACUCUAUGGCCAAGGACCCCAACUCAGAGACAGGUACACACACACACACACACACACACACUCUAUGGCCAAGGACCCCAACUCAGAGACAGGUACACACACACACACACACACACACUCUAUGGCCAAGGACCCCAACUCAGAGACAGGUACACACACACACACACACACACACACACUCUAUGGCCAAGGACCCCAACUCAGAGACAGGUACACACACACACACACACACACACACACACACACACACACACACAUACGCACGCUGAUCACUCAAAACUAUUUUUUUACACCCAGGUAACUUCUCCGUGUAGUACCGAUUCUGUAGAAUGUUAAGUGUCCCCCCCCUCCCCCCUCUCCCCCAGGGACCAGAGUGGGCGUGGUCCAGUACAGUCAUAGCGGAACCUUCCAGGCCAUCCGGCUCAAUGACUCCAAGAUCGACUCCCUGUCUGCCUUCAAGGUAUGUGAAUUCGGGGCUUCAGUGUAGAGGGCUGCAAUCCCUGUGGGUCCGACAGCUUCAGUGUAGAGGGCUGCAUUCCCUGUGGGUCCGACAGCUUCAGUGUAGAGGGCUGCAUUCCCUGUGGGUCCGACAGCUUCAGUGUAGAGGGCUGCAUUCCCUGUGGGUCCGACAGCUUCAGUGUAGAGGGCUGCAUUCCCUGUGGGUCCGACAGCUUCAGUGUAGAGGGCUGCAUUCCCUGUAGGUCCGACAGCUUCAGUGUAGAGGGCUGCAUUCCCUGUGGGUCCGACAGCUUCAGUGUAGAGGGCUGCAUUCCCUGUGGGUCCGACAGCUUCAGUGUAGAGGGCUGCAUUCCCUGUGGGUCCGACAGCUUCAGUGUAGAGGGCUGCAUUCCCUGUGGGUCCGACAGCUUCAGUGUAGAGGGCUGCAUUCCCUGUGGGUCCGACAGCUUCAGUGUAGAGGGCUGCAUUCCCUGUGGGUCCGACAGCUUCAGUGUAGAGGGCUGCAUUCCCUGUGGGUCCGACAGCUUCAGUGUAGAGGGCUGCAUUCCCUGUGGGUCCGACAGCUUCAGUGUAGAGGGCUGCAUUCCCUGUGGGUCCGACAGCUUCAGUGUAGAGGGCUGCAUUCCCUGUGGGUCCGACAGCUUCAGUGUAGAGGGCUGCAUUCCCUGUGGGUCCGACAGCUUCAGUGUAGAGGGCUGCAUUCCCUGUGGGUCCGACAGCUUCAGUGUAGAGGGCUGCAUUCCCUGUGGGUCCGACAGCUUCAGUGUAGAGGGCUGCAUUCCCUGUGGGUCCGACAGCUUCAGUGUAGAGGGCUGCAUUCCCUGUGGGUCCGACAGAGAUGGUUACAGCACAGUCUGUAUUUUUCAUGCUGCGGGGGGGGGGGGGGGGGGGGGGGGGGGGGGGGGGGGGCGGUCAAAAUAUUUUUGUUUUCCCGCAGAUAAUUUGGAAACGGUCAUCUUUCUGCUUUGGAUGAGCCUUUACCUUUUGUAUUAAAAGCACACCUUUUGUCACAUUAUUCACACUCAGCAUUUGCUGCUUCGACUUCAGUAGCCGACCUCUCCUCUCCUCGUUGGGCGUGGGAGAUCAAGCCUAGUACCUGUCUGGUCUCACUGAAAUAGAGUAGCCUGCCUAUGCAGGGACGGAGAAUCACUGGCAGUUCUCUUUCCAAGGAAAUUUACUUAAAUAUGAUUAGACUAUAGUUUACUACAGUGUCUGUAAAUGCAGUUGAAGUCGGAAGUUUACAUACACUUAGGUUGGAGUCAUUAAAACUCGUUUUUCAACCACUCCACAAAUUUCUUUUAGCAAACUAUAGUUUUGGAAAGUCGGUUAGGACAUGUACUUUGUGCAUGACACAAGUAAUUUUUCCAACAAUUGUUUACAGACAGAUUAUUUCACUUAUAUUUCACUGUAUCACAAUUCCAGUGGGUCAGAAGUUUAUAUACACUAAGUUGACUGUGCCUUUAAACAGCUUGGAAAAUGCCAGAAAAUGAUGUCAUGGCUUUAGAAGCUUCUGAUAGGCUAAUUGACAUCAUUUGAGUCAAUUGGAGGUGUACCUGUGGAUGUAUUUCAAGGCCUACCUUCAAACUCAGUGCCUCUUUGCUUGACAUCAUGGGAAAAUCAAAAGAAAUCAGCCAAGACCUCAGAAAAAAAAUUGUAGACCUCCACAAGUCUGGUUCAUCCUUGGGAGCAAUUUCCAAACGCCUGAAGGUACCACGUUCAUCUGUACAAACAAUAGUACGCAAGUAUAAACACCAUGGGACCACGCAGCCGUCAUACCGCUCAGGAAGGAGAUGCGUUCUGUCUCCUAGAGAUGAACGUACUUUGGUGCGAAAAGUGCAAAUCAAUCCCAGAACAACAGCAAAGGACCUUGUGAAGAUGCUGGAGGAAACAGGUACAAAAGUAUCUAUAUCCACAGUAAAACUAGUCCUAUACCGACAUAACCUGAAAGGCCGCUCUGCAAGGAAGAAGCCACUGCUCCAAAACCGCCAUAAAAAUGCCAGACUACGGUCUGCAACUGCACAUGGGGACAAAGGUCAUACUUUUUGGAGAAAUGUCCUCUGGUCUGAUGAAACAAAAAUUGAACUGUUUGGCCAUAAUGACCAUCGUUAUGUUUGGAGGAAAAAGGGGGGGCUUGCAAGCCAAAGAACACCAUCCCAACCGUGAAGCACGGGGGUGGCAGCAUCAUGCUGUGAGGGUGCUUUGCUGCAGGUGGGACUGGUGCACUUCACAAAAUAGAUGGCAUCAUGAGGAAGGAAAAAUAUGUGGAUAUAUUGAAGCAACAUCUCAAGACAUCAGUCAGGAAGUUAAAGCUUGGUCGCAAAUGGGUCUUCCAAAUGGACAAUGACCCCAAGCAUACUUCCAAAGUUGUGGCAAAAGGACAACAAAGUCAAGGUAUUGGAGUGGCCAUCACAAAGCCCUGACAUCAAUCCUAUAGAAAAUGUGUGGGCAGAACUGAAAAAGCGUGUGCGAGCAAGGAGGCCUACAAACCUGACUCAGUUACACCAGCUCUGUCAGGAGGAAUGGGCCAAAAUUCACCCAACUUAUUGUGGGAAGCUUGUGGAAGGCUACCCGAAACGUUUGACCUAAGUUAAACAAUUUAAAGGCAAUGCUACCAAAUACCAAUUGAGUGUCUGUAAACUUCUGACCCACUGGGAAUGUGAUGAAAGAAAUAAAAGCUGAAAUAAAUCAUUCUCUCUUCUGACAUUUCACAUUCUUAAAAUAAAGUGGUGAUCCUAACUGACCUAAAACAGGGAAUAUUUACUAGGAUUAAAUGUCAGGAAUUGUGAAAAACUGAGUUUAAAUGUAUUUGGCUAAGGUGUAUGUAAACUUCGGACUUCAACUGUACAUGUUGAUAAUGGAAAGAAGUGGAGGGUGCUCAACCAAUGUGAGUCGAGGUGCAAUCAAAAUGUUUUAUCAUAAUUGAAAAGGAAAACGCGUGGACAGGCUACCAUGGUGAGCGUUUCGCCUUUUACUUUUUAAUAAAUAUUGAUUACACAUUUAUUUGUCCAUGCCUGCAAAUCGUCCUAAAAGGUAGGCUAUAUCCUAUAUGCUAAUCGUCCUCCUAGAAGGUAGGCUAUAUCCUAUAUGCUAAUCGUCCUCCUAGAAGGUAGGCUAUAUCCUAUAUGCUAAUCGUCCUCCUAGAAGGUAGGCUAUAUCCUAUAUGCUAAUCGUCCUCCUAGAAGGUAGGUUAUAUCCUAUAUGAUAAUCGUCCUAAUAAAAGGUAGGCUAUAUCCUAUAUGAUAAUCGUCCUAAUAAAAGGUAGGCUAUAUCCUAUAUGAUAAUCGUCCUCCUAAUAAAAGGUAGGCUAUAUCCUAUAUGAUAAUCGUCCUCCUAAAAGGUAGGCUAUAUCCUAUAUGAUAAUCGUCCUCCUAAAAGGUAGGCUAUAUCCUAUAUGAUAAUCGUCCUCCUAAAAGGUAGGCUAUAUCCUAUAUGAUAAUCGUCCUAAUAAAAGGUAGGCUAUAUCCUAUAUGCUAAUCGUCCUAAUAAAAGGUAGGCUAUAUCCUAUAUGAUAAUCGUCCUCCUAAUAAAAGGUAGGCUAUAUCCUAUAUGAUAAUCGUCCUCCUAAAAGGUAGGCUAUAUCCUAUAUGAUAAUCGUCCUCCUAAAAGGUAGGCUAUAUCCUAUAUGAUAAUCGUCCUCCUAAAAGGUAGGCUAUAUCCUAUAUGAUAAUCGUCCUCCUAAAAGGUAGGCUAUAUCCUAUAUGAUAAUCGUCCUCCUAAAAGGUAGGCUAUAUCCUAUAUGAUAAUCGUCCUCCUAAAAGGUAGGCUAUAUCCUAUAUGAUAAUCGUCCUAAAAGGUAGGCUAUAUCCUAUAUGAUAAUCGUCCUCCUAAAAGGUAGGCUAUAUCCUAUAUGAUAAUCGUCCUCCUAAAAGGUAGACUAUAUCCUGUAUGAUAAUCGUCCUAAUAAAAGGUAGGCUAUAUCCUAUAUGCUAAUCGUCCUCCUAAAAGGUAGGCUAUAUCCUAUAUGAUAAUCGUCCUAAAAGGUAGGCUAUAUCCUAUAUGAUAAUCGUCCUCCUAAAAGGUAGGCUAUAUCCUAUAUGAUAAUCGUCCUAAAAGGUAGGCUAUAUCCUAUAUGAUAAUCGUCCUAAAAGGUAGGCUAUAUCCUAUAUGAUAAUCGUCCUAAAAGGUAGGCUAUAUCCUAUAUGAUAAUCGUCCUAAAAGGUAGGCUAUAUCCUAUAUGAUAAUCGUCCUCCUAAAAGGUAGGCUAUAUCCUAUAUGAUAAUCGUCCUCCUAAAAGGUAGGCUAUAUCCUAUAUGAUAAUCGUCCUAAAAGGUAGGCUAUAUCCUAUAUGAUAAUCGUCCUAAAAGGUAGGCUAUAUCCUAUAUGAUAAUCGUCCUCCUAAAAGGUAGGCUAUAUCCUAUAUGAUAAUCGUCCUCCUAAAAGGUAGGCUAUAUCCUAUAUGAUAAUCGUCCUCCUAAAAGGUAGGCUAUAUCCUAUAUGAUAAUCGUCCUAAAAGGUAGGCUAUAUCCUAUAUGAUAAUCGUCCUCCUAAAAGGUAGGCUAUAUCCUAUAUGAUAAUCGUCCUCCUAAAAGGUAGACUAUAUCCUGUAUGAUAAUCGUCCUAAUAAAAGGUAGGCUAUAUCCUAUAUGAUAAUCGUCCUCCUAAAAGGUAGGCUAUAUCCUAUAUGAUAAUCGUCCUCCUAAAAGGUAGGCUAUAUCCUAUAUGAUAAUCGUCCUCCUAAAAGGUAGACUAUAUCCUGUAUGAUAAUCGUCCUAAUAAAAGGUAGGCUAUAUCCUAUAUGCAAAGCGUAGCUCAAGAGAAAGUGAGAGUGUCCGCUGGCUUCAUUCUUGCUGCUUCCAGUUCAGUAGCCAUAGCUGCGAGAUCAGGUGUACGUGGUCUCAAUUAAAUAGAUUAUAGCCUAUGCAUGGGCGGAGAAGCACGGGCAGUUAUCUUUCCAAGGAAAUGUACUUCCUAAAUAUUAUUAGGCUAUAGUUUACUACAGUACAUUGCCUAGAAAUAAAUAUUGAUCACCCACAUUUGUCUCAGUCUGAAAAUUGACCCACUCCUAAAACGUAGGCUAUAAAAAUUGCUCAAGAGAAAGUCUCUCCAACUGCUCUCUUCAAACUACUUAUAGUACCGAAGGCCUAAUAUAUAUUACAAUGGGCCACGUGAGAAUCUCUGGUAAUUUAACCUAUUUCUUAGGUUAAUUUGGGCACAGAAUUGCCGGGACCAUUGCCGGGACCAUUGCCGGGACCAUUGCCGGGACCAUGGCUGGGACCCUGGCUGGGACCAUGGCUGGGACCCUGGCUGGGACCAUGGCUGGGACCCUGGCUGGGACCAUGGCUGGGACCAUGGCUGGGACCCUGGCUGGGACCAUGGCUGGGACCAUGGCUGGCAAGGGAGCUGCGUCGCAUAGCCUAAAAUAACAUUGUCGGGUUGGGACCAGUUCUUGCGUUAACGGGUCGGACAGAAAGCCAGUGGGUGUGUUUGGGUGCGGUAUGAAAAGCUGCAGGUGCGAGCAGGAGCGGGAUGAAGAAAUCAGUCCCACACAGACCUAAUUAUUGAUAAUAAUAAUAAUAAACUAUAUAACAAUAAUAUGUCUGCCUUCAAGGUAGUGGGGCAACACGCGUCUAACAUUACCUGACACCUGAAGACUUGUAUUAGCUCCCUGUGCUAAUACCUAGGCUUUAGCUCAGCGGGCUGCACAGUCUUUUGGUGUGCAGGAUCACCAGAUUUUGACCUUCGAACCCAGACUGAGACAUAAACACACACACACCCUCCCACACUCUGACCUGAAGACUUGCAUUAACUCCCCAAGCUAAUGACUAGGCUUUAGCUCAGUGGGCUAACACCCUCCCACCCUAUGCCUGUCUGUCUGUCUUCAGGAUGCAGUGAAGCGUCUGGAGUGGAUAGCCGGCGGUACGUGGACCCCGUCAGCGCUGAAGUACGCCUACGACCACCUGAUCAAGGACAGCCGCCGAGCUAAAGCCAACGUCACCGUGGUGGUCAUCACAGACGGACGGUUCGACCCCAGGGACGACGACUCACUGCUCACAUACCUCUGCAGGUACCAGACCGGGGAGAUGGAGCUGUGUGUGUGUGUGUGUGUGUGUGUGUGUGUGUGUGUGUGUGUGUGUGUGUGUGUGUGUGUGUGUGUGUGUGUGUGUGUGUGUGUGUGUGUGUGUGUGUGUGUGUGUGUGUGUAUGCGUAUCGAGUGGGGACACAUGUUUUAUCAGCUGUGUGUGCCACCUAUCUGAUGAUCUGUGUGUGUGUCUCUGUGUGUGUGUGUGUGUGUGUGUGUGUGUGUGUGUGUGUGUGUCUCUGUGUCUGUGUGUGUCUCUCUGUGUGUGUGUGUGUGUGUGUGUGUGUGUGUGUGUGUCUCUGUGUCUGUGUGUGUCUCUCUGUGUGUGUGUGUGUGUGUGUGUGUGUGUGUGUGUGUGUGUGUGUGUGUGUGUGUGUGUGUGUGUGUGUGUGUGUGUGUGUGUGUGUGUGUGUGUGUGUGUGUGUGAGUGUGUGAGCAGUGACCCCAGUGUGGAUGUGAGUGCCAUCGGUAUAGGAGACAUGUUUGACCAGAUAGAGGAGAAUGAGAGUCUGAAGAGUAUAGCCUGUCAGAGAGACGGGAGGGUGCUGGGGAUGAGACGCUUCGCUGAUCUGGUGGCGGAGGAGUUCAUCGACAAGAUAGAGGCCGUGCUCUGCCCAGGUACACACACACACACCUAAACCCGACAUACAGUACACACACACACACACACACACACACACACUUAAAUCCUCUCUCUCUCUCUCUCUCUCUCUCUCUCUCUCUCGUACACAUAGUACUUGUAUAACAGAGAUAAAUGAUCAAUAACUUCAUGAUCAAUAACUUCAUGAUCAAUAACUUCAUGAUCAAUAACUUCUCUCUCUCAGACCCUGUGAUCGUGUGCCCUGACCUUCCCUGUAAAACUGGUAAGAUCAUUCUGAUUAUUGAGAUUUAAAGAUUUUAAUUCUGAUGUCCCUUAACUAACCUUAACUAACCUUAACUAACCUUAACUCGUUCUCCGUACUGCCUCGAUUGGCAAAAAAUAACCAAAUGCGCUUUGACGUGGAAAACAUUUAAAUCUUUACAUUAACAUGACAGCCCAUCACCCUGAGGCUGAACAAUGAUAAUUAAACCAGAGAUUUAAAGAAUUAACAAGCUAGAAAGGUAGAACGGGAAUUCACAGAUUGGAAUGGAAGAACAAUUAAGCAACGUGCUUGGUGGGUGUACCGGCGGCCAUAUUGGAAAGUGACCAUUGGGGAUGUUGAUUCGUCACUUUUCAUCGCCCACUAUUCUCCUGCUCGGUGGGGGGCGUGGCCAGCCUGCUGGGCAGUUUAAUAUAACAGUUAGAACUGGCAGAUACAUAAUAUAACAGUUAGAACUGGCAGAUACAUAAUAUAACAGUUAGAACUGGCAGAUACAUAAUAUAACAGUUAGAACUGGCAGAUACAUAAUAUAACAGUUAGAACUGGCAGAUACAUAAUAUAACAGUUAGAACUGGCAGAUACAUACAAUAACAGUUAGAACUGGCAGAUACAUAAUACAACAGUUAGAACUGGCAGAUACAUAAUAUAACAGUUAGAACUGGCAGAUACAUAAUAUAACAGUUAGAACUGGCAGAUACAUAAUAUAACAGUUAGAACUGGCAGAUACAUAAUAUAACCGUUAGAACUGGCAGAUACAUAAUAUAACAGUUAGAACUGGCAGAUACAUGAUAUAACAGUUAGAACUGGCAGAUACAUAAUAUAACAGUUAGAACUGGCAGAUACAUAAUAUAACAGUUAGAACUGGCAGAUACAUAAUAUAACAGUUAGAACUGGCAGAUACAUAAUAUAACAGUUAGAACUGGCAGAUACAUAAUAUAACAGUUAGAACUGGCAGAUACAUAAUAUAACAGUUAGAACUGGCAGAUACAUAAUACAACAGUUAGAACUGGCAGAUACAUAAUAUAACAGUUAGAACUGGCAGAUACAUGAUAUAACAGUUAGAACUGGCAGAUACAUAAUAUAACAGUUAGAACUGGCAGAUACAUAAUAUAACAGUUAGAACUGGCAGAUACAUAAUAUAACAGUUUGAACUGGCAGAUACAUAAUAUAACAGUUAGAACUGGCAGAUACAUAAUAUAACAGCAUGAAAAUACACGUAAAGGUUUAACCUUGAAAGGAUUUUAAAGCUGUAAACCAGACAUGUAUAUAUAUAUAUAUAUGUAUAAGCCUAUCCUCUCAUCUCUGGUAGCAGCACAGUGUGUCAUUCCAAUAUGUGUGUGCCCCUUCAACGUGUGUGUGUGUCCCUUCAACGUGUGUGUGUGUCCCUUCAACGUGUGUGUGUGUCCCUUCAACGUGUGUGUGUGUCCCUUCAAUGUGUGUGUGUGUGUCCCUUUCAACGUGUGUGUGUGUGUCCCUUCAACGUGUGUGUGUGUCCCUUCAAUGUGUGUGUGUGUGUCCCUUCAACGUGUGUGUGUGUGUCCCUUCAACGUGUGUGUGUGUCCCUUCAACGUGUGUGUGUGUGUGUCCCUUCAACGUGUGUGUGUGUCCCUUCAACGUGUGUGUGUGUGUCCCUUCAACGUGUGUGUGUGUGUGUCCCUUCAACGUGUGUGUGUGUGUCCCUUCAACGUGUGUGUGUGUGUCCCUUCAACGUGUGUGUGUGUCCCUUCAACGUGUGUGUGUGUGACCCUUCAACGUGUGUGUGUGUCCCUUCAACAUGUGUGUGUGUCCCUUCAACGUGUGUGUGUGUCCCUUCAACGUGUGUGUGUGUGUCCCUUCAACGUGUGUGUGUGUCCCUUCAACGUGUGUGUGUGUGUGACCCUUCAAUGUGUGUGUGUGUCCCUUCAACGUCUGAGUGUGUGUCCCUUCAACGUGUGUGUGUGUCCCUUCAACGUGUGUGUGUGUCCCUUCAACGUGUGUGUGUGUGUCCCUUCAACGUGUGUGUGUGUGUCCCUUCAAUGUGUGUGUGUGUGUCCCUUCAACGUGUGUGUGUGUGUGUCCCUUCAACGUGUGUGUGUGUCCCUUCAACGUGUGUGUGUGUCCCUUCAACGUGUGUGUGUGUGUCCCUUCAACGUGUGUGUGUGUGUGUGUGUCCCUUCAACUGUGUGUGUGUCCCUUCAAGUGUGUGUGUGUCCCUUCAACGUGUGUGUGUGUCCCUUCAACGUGUGUGUGUGUGUCCCUUCAACAUGUGUGUGUGUCCCUUCAACGUGUGUGUGUGUCCCUUCAACGUGUGUGUGUGUGUCCCUUCAACAUGUGUGUGUGUCCCUUCAACGUGUGUGUGUGUCCCUUCAACGUGUGUGUGUGUGUCCCUUCAACGUGUGUGUGUGUCCCUUCAACGUCUGUGUGUGUCCCUUCAACGUGUGUGUGUGUGUCCCUUCAACGUGUGUGUGUGUGUGUCCCUUCAACGUGUGUGUGUGUGUCUCUUCAACGUGUGUGUGUGUCCCUUCAACGUUGUGUGUGUGUCUCUUCAAACGUGUGUGUGUGUCCCUUCAACGUGUGUGUGUCCCUUCAACGUGUGUGUGUCCCUUCAACGUGUGUGUGUGUCCCUUCAACGUGUGUGUGUGUGUCCCUUCCAACGUGUGUGUGUGUCCCUUCAACGUGUGUGUGGUGUGUCCCUUCAACGUGUGUGUGUGUGUGUCCCUUCAACGUGUGUGUGUGUGUCUCUUCAACGUGUGUGUGUUGUCCCUUCAACGUGGUGUGUGUGUCCCUUCAACGUGUUGUGUGUGGUCCCUUCAACGUGUGUGUGUGUGUCCCUUCAACGUGUGUGUGUGUGAACCCUUCAACGUGUGUGUGGUGUCCCUUCAACGUGUGUGUGUGUCCCUUCAACGUGUGUGUGUGUCCCUUCAACGUGUGUGUGUGUCCCUUCAACGUGUGUGUGUGUGUGACCCUUCAACGUGUGUGUGUGUCCCUUCAACGUGUGUGUGUGUGACCCUUCAACGUGUGUGUGUGUGUGUCCCUUCAAACGUCUGUGUGUGUGUGUCCCUUCAACGUGUGUGUGUGUCCCUUCAACGUGUGUGUGUGUCCCUUCAACGGGUGUUGUGUGUGUGUCCCUUCAACGUGUGUGUGUGUGUCCCUUCAACGUGUGGUGUGUGUGUCCCUUCAACGUGUGUGUGUGUCCCUUCAACGUGUGUUUGUGUCCCUUCAACGUGUGUGUGUGUGUCCCUUCAACGGUGUGUGUCGUGUGUGUCCCUUCAAUGUGUGGUGUGUCCUCACGUGUGUGUGUCCCUUCAACGUGUGUGUGUGUGUCCCUUCAACGUGUGUGUGUGUGUCCCUUCAACGUGUGUGUGUGUGUGUCCCUUCAACGUGUGUGUGUGUGUCCCUUCAACGUGUGUGUGUGUUGGUGUGUGUCCCUUCAAACAUGUGUGUGUGUCCCUUCAUGUGUGUGUGUGACCCUUCAACGUGUGUGUGUGUGUCCCUUCAACGUCUGUGUGUGUCCCUUCAACGUGUGUGUGUGUCCCUUCAACGUGUGUGUGUGUCCCUUCAACGUGUGUGUGUGUGUCCCUUCAACGUGUGUGUGUGUCCCUUCAACGUGUGUGUGUGUCCCUUCAACGUGUGUGUGUGUGUCCCUUCAACGUGUGUGUGUGUGUCCCUUCAACGUGUGUGUGUGUGUCCCUUCAACGUGUGUGUGUGUCCCUUCAAGUGUGUGUGUGUGUCCCUUCAACGUGUGUGUGUGUGUCCCUUCAACAUGGUGUGUGUGUCCCUUCAACGUGUGUGUGUGUCCCUUCAACGUGUGUGUGCCUGUUGUCCCUUCAACGUGUGUGUGUGUGUCCCUUCAACGUGUGUGUGUGUCCCUUCAACGUGUGUGUGUGUGUCCCUUCAACGUGUGUGUGUGUCCCUUCAACGUGUGUGUGUGUCCCUUCAACGUGUGUGUGUGUCCCUUCAACGUGUGUGUGUGUCUCUUCAACGUGUGUGUGUGUCCCUUCAACGUGUGUGUGUGUCCCUUCAACGUGUGUGUGUGUCCCUUCAACGUGUGUGUGUGUGUCCCUUCAACGUGUGUGUGUGUCCCUUCAACGUGUGUGUGUGGUGUGGGUCCCUUCAACGUGUGUUUGUGUGGGUGUCCCUUCAACGUUGUGUGUGUGUGUCCUUUCAACGUGUGUGUGUGUCCUUCAACGUGUGUGUGUGUCCCUUCAACGUGUGUGUUGUGUCCCUUCAACGUGUGUGUGUGUCCCUUCAACGUGUGUGUGUGUGUGUCCCUUCAACGUGUGUGUGUGUCCCUUCAACGUGGUUGUUGUGUGUGUGUCCCUUCAACGUGUUGUUGUGUGUGUGUGUCCCUUCAACGUGUGUGUGUGUCCCUUCAACGUGUGUGUGUGUCCCUUCAACGUUGUGUGUUGUGUGUGUGUCCCUUCAACGUGUGUGUGUGUCCCUUCAACGUGUGUGUGUGUGUCCCUUCAACGUGUGUGUGUGUCCCUUCAACGUGUGUGUGUGUGUCCCUUCAACGUGUGUGUGUGUGUCCCUUCAACGUGUGUGUGUGUCCCUUCAACGUGUGUGUGUGUGUGUCCCUUCAACGUGUGGUGUUUGUGGGUGUCUCUUCAACGUGUGUGUGUGUCCCUUCAACGUGUGUGUGUGUCCCUUCAACGUGUGUGUGUGUCCCUUCAACGUGUGUGUGUGUCCCUUCAACGUGUGUGUGUGUCCCUUCAACGUGUGUGUGUGUCCCUUCAACUGUGUGUGCUGUGUGUUCCCUUCAACGGUGUGUGUGUGUGUGUCCCUUCAACGGUGUGUGUGUGUGUGUCCCUUCAACGUGUGUGUGUGUCCUUCAACGUGUGUGUGUGUCCCUUCAACGUGUGUGUGUGUCCUUCAACGUGUGUGUGUGUCCCUUCAACGUGUGUGUGUGUCCCUUCAACGUGUGUGUGUGUGUCCCUUCAACGUGUGUGUGUGUGUGUCCCUUCAACGUGUGUGUGUGUCCCUUCAACGUGUGUGUGUGACCCUUCAACGUGUGUGUGUGUCCCUUCAACGUGUGUGUGUGUGUCCCUUCAACGUGUGUGUGUGUGUCUCUUCAACGUGUGUGUGUCUCCCCUUCAACGUCUGUGUGUGUCCCUUCAACGUGUGUGUGUGUGUCCCUUCAACGUGUGUGUGUGUCCCUUCAACGUGUGUGUGUGUGUGUGUCCCUUCAACAUGUGUGUGUGUCCCUUCAUCGUGUGUGUGUGACCCUUCAACGUGUGUGUGUGUGUCCCUUCAACGUCUGUGUGUGUCCCUUCAACGUGUGUGUGGUCCCUUCAACGUGUGUGUGUGUGUCCCUUCAACGUGUGUGUGUGUCCCUUCAACGUGUGUGUGUGUGUAUCUUCAACGUGUGUGUGUGUGUGUCCCCUUCAACGUGUGUGUGUGUGUGUCCCUUCAACGUGUGUGUGUGUGUGUCCCCUUCAACGUGUGUGUGUGUCCCUUCAACGUGUGUGUGUGUGUCCCUUCAACAUGUGUGUGGUCCCUAACGUGUGUGUGUGUCCCUUCAACGUGUGUGUGUUGUCCCUUCAACGUGUGUGUGUGUGUAUCUUCAACGUCUGUGUGUGUCCCUUCAACGUGUGUGUGUGUGUCCCUUCAACAUGUGUGUGUGUCCCUUCAACGUGUGUGUGUGUGUAUCUUCAACGUCUGUGUGUGUCCCUUCAACGUGUGUGUGUGUGUCCCUUCAACAUGUGUGUGUGUGUGUCCCUUCAACGUGUGUUUGUGUAUGUGUGUUUCAGAGCCAGCAGUGGCCAGCUGUGUUCAGCGCCCCGUGGACCUUGUGUUCAUGCUGGACGGGUCAGAGAGGAUGGGAGUGGAGAACCACCGCCGCGCCAAGGAGUUCAUCGAGAACGUGGCUCGCCGCCUCACCCUGGCCAACGGCGAAUCAGACGACAGGAAUGCCCGCGUGGCCCUGCUGCAGUACGGCGGCCAAUCAGAACAGAGGGUGGAGUUCUCGCUCACGCACAAUCUGACGGUGAUCGCUGAUUCGCUGGCGGGGAUGAGCUACAUGGACUCCGCCUCUUCUCUGGGCAGCGCGAUCAUACACGCUGUCAAUAACCUAGUGAUGUCACAGGUACAUUCAGGUCCAUAAUUAUUGGCACCCUUGAUAAAGUUGAGCAAAAAAACUGUAUAAAAUAAAUAAUACAAAUACUGAGCUAUAUUGUAUUCUAAAAAAUAUAUCUAGUUAAGAUAGGGGUCAAAAUUAUUGCCACCCUGUUUUCAAUACUCUAGCACACUCCCCUGUUUUCAAUACUCCUAACGCUGUAUAACUGUACUGUCUCUCUGUGUGGUCCACAGGGCACCCGCCUGGCACGUCGUAACGCUGAACUGUCCUUCGUCUUCAUCACUGACGGCAUCACUGCGGGCAACAGCCUGGAGGAGGGCGUCUCAGCCAUGCGGCGGGCCGAGGGCAUUCCCACGGUGAUCGCCAUGGGGACCGACACGGACCAGGAAGUGCUGAGGAAGGUUGCCCUGGGAGACACGUUGGCCAUCUUUAGAGGGGAGGACUACGCCACGCUGGGGAAACCCACCUUCUUCGAACGUUUCAUCCGCUGGGUUUGCUAA